CCGCGGCGCAUUGUGGGAUCCGUCCUUCUGCCGGGUGGUGCAGGACACAGCGCUUGGUCAUGGGGAUCCAGCCGAGCCCAAUCCUUCUGGCCUCUCUUGGGGUGGGUCUGCUUACUCUUUUCGGUCUGGCUCUGGGCACCUACUUGGUUCGAAGGUCCCGCCGGCCACUGGUCACUCUCCUGAACCCCGAUGAGAAGUACCUGCUGCGACUGCUAGACAAGACAACUGUGAGCCACAACACCAAGAAGUUCCGCUUUGCCCUGCCUACCGCCCAUCACAUUCUGGGGCUACCUGUGGGCAAACAUGUCUACCUCUCUGCCCGAAUUGAUGGCAGCCUGGUCAUCAGGCCAUACACUCCUGUCACCAGUGACGAAGACCAAGGCUACGUGGAUCUUGUUAUCAAGGUUUAUCUGAAGGGUGUGCACCCUAAAUUUCCAGAGGGAGGGAAGAUGUCUCAGUACCUAGAUAACCUGAAGAUUGGGGAUGUGGUAGAGUUCCGGGGCCCAAGUGGGCUACUCACUUAUGCUGGGAAAGGGAAGUUUAACAUUCAGCCCAAUAAGAAAUCUCCACCCGAAGCAAGAGUGGCGAAGAAGCUGGGAAUGAUUGCUGGAGGGACAGGAAUCACCCCUAUGCUACAGCUGAUCCGGGCCAUCCUGAAAGUCCCUGAAGAUCCAACCCAGUGCUCUCUGCUUUUUGCUAACCAGACUGAAAAGGACAUAAUCCUGCGGGAGGACUUAGAGGAACUGCAGGCCCAGUAUCCCAAUCGCUUUAAGCUUUGGUUCACUCUGGACCACCCCCCGGAAGAUUGGGCCUACAGCAAGGGCAUUGUGACUGCUGACAUGAUCCGGGAACACCUCCCUGCCCCAGGAGACGAUGUGCUGCUGCUGCUCUGUGGGCCGCCCCCAAUGGUGCAGCUAGCCUGCCAUCCCAACUUAGACAAACUCGGCUACUCACAAAAGAUGCGAUUCACCUACUGAGCGUCUCCCACCUCCCUGGUCCCACAUCUGCAAUUGUCCCCAGUUGGUACUCAAACACUAUAAGCCCUAGAUUCCUUUCCUGAGAGCAUCAGCUUUUUCUGUCUUACUCUGAAACUGCAAUCUGGAUGGUACCUGCAGGAGAGCAUUCCUGAAGCAAUGUAAGGGGGGGGGGGCCAAGGCCAAGUUGUUCCUUAGAAGGCCCCCCAAAUCUCCCUGUGAUAAAAGGGCCAGGUGAGGUCCAUGGAGCAGUUUCUUCCCUAGGUUCAAAAAGAAGAGAGAAUGUACUUUUGUUCCAAGACUGGCAAGUUCCUUUAUAGGAACUUGAUGUGAACACUAUCACCUUUGUGUCUGUGACAAAUUUUUUUUUCGGGCGGGUUUGAACUCAUGGUCUCGUGCUUGCUAGGCAGGUGCUCUUACCACUUGAGCCACUCCACCAGCCUUACCUUUGUGUGUAUGAUGAAAGGAACAGACUGUGCAAUGUGUGUUUGUUAAUAUUUAGUGCUUAGCCCAUGGGCAAAUUCUGUUGAUAUGAGUGCAAGUUGAGUGAACUUGUAGAGAUAGUAGGAAAGGAGGAAAUAGUUUCUUCAGAAUUCCAGACCUCAGAUAAAGGAGUCUGAAGUAUAUAUUUGUAUGUCUGUCUUGGCCCUUGCCCAGGCUGGGGGAAAAUGGCUGCCUGCUACCUAAGACAGUUGCUUGUAUAAGGAACGUUCGGCUGUUCAAAUAAAUGGGGCUGAACCCUGAUGUGAUACCGAAGAGGUUGUUGUGUCUGGGGUCCUUUUUUCCAAAUGCUUGAGGACUUUGGGAAGGAAGGCCUUUCAGCACAGAAUCUCCUGGGUCUUCCAAAAGCCUUUGCGCAGUUGUGCUUUGUGCUGAAAUGUGAGCUGCCACCACUUAGUGUUCAUCUCUGCAGCUGUUUCUGUGGGCCAGCACUCAACUCCUCCAGGAGGCUUUUGCAGUGGGGGAGAAGAACAUGUUAGAGGGGAUGUUUUUAGAGCAUAGUUAUCCCUCUCAGUGAUCCCUUGAUUUGGCAGUUUUUCCCUCUCUUAUUUUUGUUAGCCUUUCCUUCACCAUAUUUA